AUGAGACUUCUCACGACGGUCGUACGCAGGAGAAAUCACGCCUUCGCCACAGCGUGCAACGGUGUAGACGCCGUUCAGAAGUACAAGGCUGCACUAAACGAGGAAAAGCAGUUUAACAUCGUAUUCAUGGACAUGUCAAUGCCUGUCAUGGACGGUUUCGAGGCCACGCGAGAGAUUAGGCAGCUGGAGGCCACCGCUGGCGUACCGGAAUCCAAGAUCGUCGCCCUCACUGGAUUGAGCAGCGAGCUGAGCCGGAACCGAGCCUUCGUCAGCGGCUGCGACCUGUUUCUUACAAAGCCUGUGCGGCUUGAUAAGCUGCGUAGUUUGCUUGACGAGUGGCUAGCGGAGCCUGAACUCGGGGUGAAGCCGGAUUUAGCGCCGGAGCCCGCGAGCUCCUGUGUCUAG